AUGUCUUCACCCAACAACGAUAACCCUACGGGUUAUGACAAUUUGAAUUCAAAGCCAACAAAUAUUAUAAGGAGCAAUACUACUAAAAUGCAAUACUUCAAGAAUUUCUUACAAUUAGGUGCCUUUAACGACACACAAAAUUUCAUACCAGUGCAUAAAUUAAGAUUUGAUAUAUUUAUUGGUCAAUCAAAAGGACCUGUUAUCAAGCUAGAUAUGCUUAUUAAGAUUUAUAAACAAGAUCUUUUGAAAUAG